AUGGCAUGCGGUUCGCCGCUAUCCAAGGCUUUGUCUUCCUCUUCUUCCUCUGGACUUGUUUUCCGUCUUCCUGAACCGAAGGACAAACCCUACGAGGAGCUGGACAUUUCAUUCGCGCGCCGAGUGAACACCCGCGAAUUUGAUAAAUAUGAGGUCAAUGCCUACGCUGAAGAUGAGCAGGCUCUUCAGAAAUGGACUGAGAAGUAG